UGUCACCAACACGCCAUGGUCAUAAUCUCAACACUGCUUGUGCCGCUUUUUGACGCUUUUUGACGCAGCCGCGAUAGAAGCAAAGCUUGAAACUAUUCCAGAAAAAUCUAUUCCAGAAACUACUGUAUUCCAGAAGCGGAACGAACUGGCAGCACUACAGCCCUGUAGCUUGCCGCGAUAGAUCUCUCUGCUUGUGCACGCUUUAUUCAUAAAACCAUGGUGCAAUCUUGUCUGAUGGACGGGUCGCAGAAGGCUCACAAUGCAGAUCGCCACGUUGGCUUCAAGGCAUCAGAAGGAGACGCAACCAUGGAGAACGAGACGUUUGAUUGGAUCCGUACAUGCUGUUUGACGGUCGUUGUGGUGGGCGCCAGUGGAGACUUGGCCAAGAAGAAGACGUUUCCCUCGCUGCUCAACCUCUACGCAGACAAGCUGCUCCCCGAAGACACUGUCAUCUUUGGAUAUGCUCGUUCCCAGUUGACUGAUGACGAACUGCGCAGUCGCAUUCGUCCCUUUUUGGAAAAGAGCGAUCAUCCCAAAGCCACCGUCGAGGCCUUUUUGAACAUUUGUCAAUACCAAGGAGGCAAAUCGUACGGCGACAAGGACGCCUUUGCGACUUUGAAAACUAGAAUCGAAGAAAAGGAACUGGGUUUUUCCAAAGAUGACAAGAAGAAUCGAUUGUUCUAUUUUGCCAUUCCUCCCAAUGUGUUUGGAGAAACUGCCCUGGCCAUCAAGGACACGUGCAUACAAAAGGACGAGGUGGGAUGGACGCGAUUGGUGGUGGAAAAACCAUUUGGACGCGAUCUGGAGAGCUUUGAAACACUCAACCAAACCUUGUCCGUCUUUGAUGAAAAAAUGUUGUAUCGCAUUGAUCACUACUUGGGAAAAGAAAUGGUUCAAAACUUGACCGUGCUCAGGUUCUCCAAUAUUUGGUUCGACAAGGUCCUCAACAAGGACAACGUCAGUUGUAUCAUUCUGACAUUCAAGGAGCCCUUUGGAACCCAAGGUCGUGGAGGAUACUUUGAUAAAUACGGUAUCAUUCGUGAUAUCCUUCAGAACCAUCUUCUCCAAGUAUUGACGUUGUUGACCAUGGAAACGCCUGUGAUUGUCGAAGGCAAGGGAUCAGGAAAGGCCAUUCGCGAUGCCAAAGUUGCCGUGCUGAAUGCCAUGUCGGUGAUUGACUUGGACGACGUCCUCCUCGGACAAUAUGACGGAUACACGGAUGACGACACCAUUGACAACAAGGACACCAACACUCCCACCUUUGCGGUCAUUCGACUCAGAAUCAAUAAUCCAAGAUGGGAUGGUGUUCCAAUGAUUCUCAAGGCUGGAAAAGCACUCAACGAGAGAAAGGCAGAAAUGCGCAUUCAAUUCAAAGAUGCUCCGGCUGGAGACUUUCUCUUUGAUGGGCAGCCGUGCCCCCGAAAUGAACUGGUCAUGAGAAUGCAACCGAAAGAAGCAAUCUACAUGAAAACCAACGUCAAGAGUCCAGGGUUCUCUGCCAAACCGACUCAGUCGGAGCUCGAAGUGAAUUACAAUACUCGCUUCUUCGGCAAUAACGAGACGAAUGUGAAUCCGGAUGCCUACACUCGACUGCUCUUGGAUAUUCUGCAGGGGAAACAGGCCGCCUUCGUUCGCGAUGAUGAGUUGCGUCGCGCUUGGGAAAUCUUUACUCCUGUCUUGCACAGGAUUGAACAGGAAAAUGUACGUCCUGUUGUGUACGCUCAGGGUGGCCGUGGUCCGAAGGAGGCCGAUGAUUUCAUUUAUCGAGUUGCAGGCUACAUUCGGUCGGAGGAUUAUGUCUACUAUGACAAUGACGUGCCGGUCAAAUCCACCGUGCCUUCCCCUCCCAAGCCAGCAGCUUCUCCCGCCAAAGACGCGAAGGCCGAAGAAACAGCGGAAGUCGGUGCUGUGCCAGAAGAUCAGCUGUGUGACGUUGGCCUGUAUGGUCUUGCCGUGAUGGGGCAAAACUUUGCCCUUAACAUGGCCUCCCAUGGGUUCCGUGUCUGUGUUGGCAACAGGUCUCCAGCCAAGGUUGAUAUCACAGUCGAGAGAGCCCAGAAGGAAGGCGAUCUCCCGCUUGUGGGGUCCAUGAAUCCAAAGAACUUUAUUGCUCACCUCAAGAAACCUCGAAAAGUCGUCAUUCUCGUUCAGGCUGGCAAGCCAGUGGACGACACCAUUGGAACGCUUGCAACGCAUAUGGAGCCCGGUGACGUGAUCAUUGAUGGUGGAAACGAAUGGUUUCCCAACUCCGUUCGGCGCGCAAAAUCCUUGGAACCAAAAGGAAUCCACUUUAUUGGCAUGGGCAUCAGUGGCGGAGAAGAAGGGGCCCGUAACGGCCCUUCGCUCAUGCCGGGUGGUCCCAAAGAAGCGUAUGAUAUGAUAGCACCGAUUCUGACAAAGUGCGCUGCGCAAGUGGAAGCAUCGGGAUCUUGCGCUGGCUACCUCGGACCGAUUGGCUCGGGUAACUACGUCAAAAUGGUCCACAACGGAAUUGAGUAUGGUGACAUGCAGCUCAUUGCUGAAGUUUAUGAUAUCCUGAAGAAUGUUGGUGGUAUGACCAACCAAGAGAUGGCGGACCUCUUUGACGAGUGGAACAAGGGCGAACUCGAGUCUUAUCUUAUUGAAAUUACCUCCAAGAUUCUCCGGAAGAAGGAUGUGGAGACUGGCGAGGGUGAAGUCGUCGACUACGUGUUGGAUAAGACUGGAAUGAAGGGCACUGGAAAGUGGACCGUGCAAGAAGGCGCCGAGCAGGGCGUUGCCAUCCCCACAAUCGCAGCGGCUCUUGAUGCCAGAAUGUUGAGCGGCAGGAAGGAAGAACGAGAAGCGGCCUCCAGUAUCUUGAACGCCCCAACAAUCGAAAAGCCCGAACGGCAAUCGCUGAUUGACGACGUUCGUGCAGCGAUGUAUGCGUCCAAGAUCUGUUCGUACGCGCAAGGCUUGAGUCUUAUCAAGGCAGCUUCCGACGAGCACACUUGGAAUGUGGACUUGGCUGAAUGUGCCCGUUUGUGGACGGGUGGAUGCAUUAUUCGUGCUCAGUUGCUGGCUUCCAUUCAGAAGGCAUUCAAGGACGACUCGAGCCUCGUGAACUUGAUGGUCGACAAGACGUUCGCUGGUCUUUUGAACGAUCGCGUCCCCGCCUGGAGACGGGUGGUUGGGUCAUGCAUAUCCAAUGGAAUCGCUUGCCCUGCACUCUGUGCCUCGUUGACUUACUUUGAUAGUUACCGACGUGCGAGACUUCCCGCGAAUCUCACCCAAGCUCAGCGAGACUUUUUUGGAGCCCACACAUAUGAACGCACAGACAAGCCUGGCCGUUACCAUACUGCUUGGACCGAAGGCCACAAGGAUAUCGGCGAUGUCAACCAACGUACCGAAGGAGAGUCGGUGCAGACGUAAGCGGUGGCUGCCCUGCUGUGGUUUGAACCCGAGCGACUGACUGGGUUGCCAAAGUCGAAGCUUAAAAGUAAAGAAGAAAUCUGUAUCGAAAUAUUCUAGUCGAGUCAACUUAUACUG